ACACGGACGCGCACACACACGCCCCUGUCUUGCGCUCUCACUCCUCUCUGUGCUGCUAUUCUGGGAAGUGGCGCUUGGAAUAACCCCCUCGCGCGGACGCGUGUACGUGUCUCCUGAUUUCACCCUGGUACGCGCUCACAACACAGGCAGACGCACGCAUUUACUUUCGGUCUGCCUGCAGAGAAGGAGCGGAUCUCCUGCUUUACGCGCAACUUUCUUUCCGCCGAUCGGUGGCGUCUUCGCGCCGGUCACUCCUUUUCCUCGACCGCUGUGGAUUUCUAACAACCGAGCCUGCCGGGCUGCCUGUUGGGCUGCCUGUCGGGGUCCAGCCCGUCCAGGAUCGACUUCUGUCACCGCUGCGGCUUGUUGUCAUCUCGGAAACGCGCAGCCGGAGCGCAGACUGAAGGAUGGGAUCAUGAGGAUGCCUUCUGUCAGGACCCCUGUCAGGACAAAGCAGCUGGGUGCAGACUUGCAGGAACAGCGUGGGUUUGCUUUUCACCGGUGACUCACUAAGUCGAAGGAGGAGGGGGGUAGCGUUGCAGGCAAAAAAUGCAGAUGGAUGCUGAUGUGAAGAAGCUAACGGACCAGCUACAGUUACAUUUGUUCAAGACUCCUUAUUGAUUCAUUGUGAAUGGAAUUCGGGAGCUAAAAGCGCACUUUUGAAAGAGCGGAAGAGCAUCGGGCUAGAGGUGUUUCGAUAAGAAAACUGACGUACGCCUGAAAGUGCAGAGGGGAUCAACACACUAAGAAUUUGGCAGCUAGGACAAACAACCAGGAAAAAUAAAGAACAAUUAAAACAUUUUUUUUCCAAAAAACAGUCGCAAUAGGGGGUCAACUCAGAUGUUGUUCACAUCAACUUUUUUUUAAUGUGAUAAUUGUAGCCUCACUUUAAAGUCAGGCUAGCUCGGGAAUGGAUGGGCACCUCCUGUUUUCUGUGCACUGGUUGGCAGUUCUCAAACGUUUGGCUGUCAUGAUUGCUACUUUUGAGCUCUCAUAAUUUUUUGCUGCCUUCUCUCCAAGUCCUGGCACCUGUUUUUUCUAAGGCACAGAGGAGCUUCAACAAUGGAUCCUCAUGACUCAACUGUCACAAGGCAAAAAGGCUCAAACAGGGAUGAAGUCAAGGAGAAGAUACCUCUGCAAAGGAAGUGGGCUUCAGAGCCUUCAGCAAACACCAAACAAAACACUUUUUGUGACCCAGAGGUAAAGCACCGUGAGAGUUUGCCAUGUGGUGCUAUGAGAGGAUCAACUCCCCAACAGAAAUACCCAAUGACAGGAAAUCCUGUACAGCUGCUGUCUGGACCCUCUGGAGUUGGGGCUAUUGGAGGUCCUCCGUCUGCAGACCCCCAAGGACCUUUAACUCAGGGUUUCCCACGUGGAUAUCCCUAUCAGCUUGGCCAGCCAUAUCCCCAGCAUCCCCAAACUGAACGCUUCAUCUCGGGAGCUAAACCGCAGCCGGGCCUAGAGUCUCAUGCCUGGCCAUUUGCUGGCCAGUUGCCUUCGGAUGACCCUUAUGGACACCCAGGUCACACUCAUCUACACAAGGCAGGGAGGUUUCCCCGGCAAAAGUCCCCCAGUUUGCCAAGCUCAUUUGGACAGUAUUCUCAGUCGGGCUUAGAGCCUGGAGAGGAGGGCUACAGCAAAAAAGAACAAAAGCCAAAAAAGCCUGGUAAAUACAUCUGCCAUUACUGUGGCCGAGCAUGCGCCAAGCCUAGCGUCCUUAAGAAGCAUAUCCGCUCACACACUGGGGAGCGACCCUACCCUUGUGAACCGUGUGGCUUUUCUUUCAAAACCAAGAGCAACCUUUACAAGCAUCGUAAAUCCCAUGCACAUGCCAUCAAAGCGGGACUCGUACCAUUUUCAUCCGAGCUGGCUGUGACCCACAGUGAGGAUGUGGGGCAGGCAUCCCCUGUAGGUGAGGGAGAGGCCCCUUCAGAUGGUGAGCAAAGUACAGACACAGAUGAGGAAGGUGUGGAGGGCUCCACCAUGCUGAUGGAGAAGCAUAGUCCCAUCCCUCAAAUCUCCUUUGAAGCCAACAAAACUGCAGGUGGUGGAGAACCUGCAUAUGCGGACUCGGCUGAAGAGUUUCACAUCGGAUCUAUGAAAGUGCCGAUCCUCAUUUUUCCCAAACCUGGAGUAGUUCCUCCUGGGGGGAUGGACUGCCCCACCUUUCAUGAUGCAAAGGUUUCCCAUCACAUGUUGGCAUCACAGGCUGGUGGAAGAUCACACUCUUUGGACGACUCUAGCUCUAGUAAACGCUUGGCACAAAGAAUGGAUGAGAAAAAAGUUCAAGAUUCUGAUCCAAGCAUAUCCCAGUCCCUUAAUUUGCUCAGUCCUCACAGCAAAGGCAGCACAGACUCUGGCUACUUUUCUCCCUAUGACAGUGCAGAGUUGCAAAUUGGCACUCCAAAUACAAGUGCAAAGACAUACGAAGAGAUAAUGUUUGGUCGGACGUGGUACAACCGGCCAAACUCCAGGCCAAGACAGUCUAUGACAGUGGGCAUGGCAGCAGCAGAUGGUAACGGGAGCCUAAAGCAACAAGAUCUGGACAUGUGUAAGAUUGCAGAGGAUCCCUCAUCCUUCAAAGAAAGUUUAGGAAUGAGUGGUGAUGCUAAGAAAUACCCAACUGGCCCCUGUCAAAGCAGCACAGGACUUCUGGAGCCUCCAUCAGAGUCUGGAACUCUUAUUAGAAGUAGGUCCAUGCCAGCUCCAGUGCCUUCUAACCUCAACACUCCUCAGGGAAUCCGAGGAAGCAUUUCAUUUGACAACAUGGUGCCAGCUGAUGAUGUGUUUUACCCACCUGGCCAGCCCAAACUCAAACGUCAGAGUGCGUUUGAACAUCCAGCAAAUGAAUCUCAUCCUGGAGAAGCUGAAGGGCACCCUCAUAUGGCCAAAGGUUUAGCAUCAUCUGUUGGUCUGAAGAUCACUGAGCGCUGCCCAGGAGGGCCAGAGGAUAUUUUCUACAACCAACAUCCCUCUAGAGUCAGCAUAUCUGAAAUAGCCACACGGAAAAGAAGAAAAGAGAAAAGUGUUGGAGAUGAUGAGGACAGCCCUGAAAACUGUGACAGUAGCUUUAGCAGUUCCGUGGAUAUAAUUGGAGACUAUGAUUUUAAACAAGGUAGUUUUGAUGGGUCAAGAGGUACCCCAACUGGGAAGAGCUCUUUUCACAGUACUCACAGCCAAUCUGACAGCUUUGAUACCUGUGUCAGUAUGUGCUCUGAUGACAUUGUGCCGUUUCCUGAUUCAGAGGGCAGAAAGCCAGCUGGCAAUGUGAUAUCAGUCAUCCAGCACACCAAUUCACUCAGCCGCCCAAAUUCUUUUGAAAAGUCUGAGUCCUUUGAGCAGCCUGUACACCAGCCCUCAGACAAAGCUCCAUCGAGCCAGUAUUCAGAGCAAUCAGACACGGAUAUAUACGAAGAUGCUCUGAGUCCAGAAUCUGCCCUCCAGAGAGCAGAAAGCAUGGAGCAGCAGCAAAGUGACAGCGACCUGGCCUCCUUCUCAUCAUCCUCAGCUGCAGCCUCACCUGGCCAACCGUAUCAUAAACUGGUACGACAACCCAACAUCCAAGUUCCUGAGAUCAGGGUGACAGAGGAGCCAGACAAGCCAGAGAAGGACACUGAACCUCUCGUGACCAAGGAACCAGAGAAACAGCCGCCGGCUGUAGAGGAGUUCCAGCUGCCUCAGAGGAGUGACACACUGUCCCAGAUGCCGACAGAGAAGCUUCCACCCAAGAAGAAGAGGCUACGGCUGGCAGAUAUGGAGUACUCAUCCGGAGAAUCAAGUUUUGAGUCAACAUGCACCAGCCUUUCUCGCAGUCCUAGUCAGGAAAGCAACCUGUCUCACUCCUCUUCCAUGUCAAUGUCCUUUGAGAAAGAUGAGGGUGUUAAAUCUGUCUCACCCACCAAACAGGAGGAUUCAUUGGCUAAUGGAUCUGGAGCAAAACAGUCAGAGUUCCUGACUGUGCCCAGCAGUUUUUCCAGCCACCAUCAACAGAGGGAGAUGAGACGGUCUUCUUCAGAGCAAGCACCAUGCACACUACCCACAGAGCUGCCUGAAAUGCGCAGCAAAUCUUUUGACUAUGGGAGCCUUCCUUCCUGCAGACAGGGAGAGGUUUACACCAGCACAUCUGCAAAGAAGGAACGUCGGCGUGGAUAUCUUGUUCGACAGGCCUCACUGAGUGUGUAUCCGGAGGGAGUCCUUCAGGACAUAGGUGGAGGACAGGUGUCAAUCAAACAAGAAAACCUGGAGCAUGGGGUGUGGCCCAUCCCAUCAGGAUCCCCCCACAGCAGUAGUGAAAUGGCCAUCAGAACCAGGAGACCAGUCGUGGGGUCUCACCAACAGCCCCCCCAGCAUGUCUUCCGGCAGAGUAUCAGUGAUGACAGCCUACAAGAUGAACCUUGCUUUGGAAGGCCCAAGCAGCACCGUCUUCAGGCCCAGGGCUCUUCCUCUGAGGGAGAACAUCCAGUUCUUGAAGUCAGAAAUAGGGAUUUAAUCCAGCAGUACCAGGGUGGGGUCCCUUUUGCUCCUUUUUCCCAGCCCUGUGCGUUUUGGAACCAGGAGGCAGAAAAGGCAGCCAGACAGCAGCAGCAGCUCCAGAAGCUUCACCUCAGAUCACCAAGCAGCCUUCCAGGACCUGCAGCCCCAAAGCAGUCUGCUCAGCAAGUCUAUGACCCCCAAUUGUACGAAGGAAAAACAGAACAUCAGAGCACUCAUAUUUACUCCCCCUCUUUUCCAUCUCACAUAAACAUGCUCUCACCUGCCAACUCCGUGCUUCAGAGGCACCUUCAACCCACCCAGAACCUGAGCUCUAAGACCACUUCGCCUGGUUUGGUGGUACCUGUUCGGAUUCAGACAUAUGUUCCAGUGUUUGGUAGUGCCACGUACACCAGUGUUAGCCAGUUCAUGUCAUGCCAUGCUAAUGAAGCUGACGCUUUAGGAGCAGACCGGUGUGAGAACAGCACGCUUGGUGGUGUGAGACCCUGCAACCCCCCUGGAGGCAUAAGCAGAUCCGGAUUCAACCUGUCCCUUCUGCUAGGACACACUGACAGUGAUCUUCUGCGCUCGUCUUUUUGGAAGGGUUCAGAGAAACACCUGAAUACAGGCAUCCCGCUUUCACUGACUUCAGGAACCAUUUCCACCACAGACGCCUCUGGCUCGGCCAUCGGAGGCGGCAAGCGCAUGCUGUCCCCCACCAGCUCCCUUGAGCUCUUCAUCCAGUCCAAGCAGCAGAAGAGGGUGAAGGAGGAGAGGAUGUAUGGACAGAUUGUAAAGGAAAUGAGUGCUGUAGAGCUGAGUGGAGCUGAAAGAGGUACAACACCUGAGAAGCAGGGGGGCAGUAAUCAGAGAGCCCCCCUCAGGAGCAAAGACUCUGUGGAUGAGUGUGAGCGGAUGUCUUCUUCUCCCCCACUUUCUGAUCCCCCAGCUGCCACCAAGAUUGCCGUCCCUGUCCGUUCCUCGGCCCCUCACCUCUCUGAUGUCCCCCAGGGUGACAGUUUCCCACCCCCUCUCCAGAUUGUCACAGAGCGUGGUCUGGUGUCAUGCAGUCAGGAUUCUCCUGAAAGGCUGGAUGUGGAUGACGUGAGUCCAGGUCCCAGCUCCAGCCCAGAGCCCAUGCUGUCCUCCAGCGAUGCAGAGAGCUCUGACAAACAGGCCCUGCUGCUUAAGCCCGCUCCCACCCACAGCUCAGGAAUGACAGGGGGAGCACAGUCUCUGCUCUUUACAAACCUGUCUGAGGUCCAGCAGCUGCUGCACUUUCCCAGCCUGCGCACCACCAGCAGAGUCAGCUGGUGUUUCCGUAACUACACCAAACCCAACAGCACCCAGGCCGCCUCCCACUGCUCCGUCUACAGCUCCUGGUCUGUAAGCACCCACAACCCCAACCCUCUUAACAUCAGUACAAAGGCUGCCCUAGCUCUGCUGCGAUCAAAGCAGAGGGAAAACACUGAAUGGCUGUUCACGCUGGCAGCCAUGUGCCCCCCCAGCUCUGGAAAACUGGUGUCUUCUGUGGCCUGGAAGCUGAUGUUUGAUCAGCUGAAGCCGGACUUGGGGCCUGCUGACCUGAAUUGCUUUGGGAGGAAGAUGAAGGGGGUGGAGUCCUGGGAACGGUCAAAGGUCGAGCUGGGGGAAAAGGUGGCGUCUGCCAAGCAGCUUUCAACUGAACCGACCCGCAUCAAGAUCUUCGAGGGCGGGUAUAAAUCCAAUGAGGACUACGUUUACGUUCGUGGUCGCGGCCGAGGGAAAUAUAUCUGUGAGGAGUGUGGCAUUCGCUGUAAGAAACCCAGCAUGCUGAAGAAGCACAUCCGAACACACACUGAUGUGCGGCCAUACGUCUGCAAGUUCUGCAACUUUGCCUUCAAAACAAAAGGAAACCUGACAAAGCACAUGAAGUCCAAGGCGCAUAUCAAAAAGUGUCUGGAACUGGGGGUGUCCAUGUCUUCAGUGGAGGACACAGAGGCAGAAGAAGGAGAUGUUCCUGAAGAUGAUGGAGGAUCUUCUGAGAAAACCUCCAGGCAGAGGUCUGUGGAGCACCAGUUCUCUGAUGCCGACGAUUCAGAUGGCGCUGAGGAUGACGGCGAUGAGGUAGAGGAUGAAGACGAUGAAGAGGAUGACUAUGAUGGGGACUCCACCCCCAAGACUGGCUCUCGAUCCUGCAGUCCACAGCUGUACGCCCUGCCCCCCAUGUCCAUCGCUCACGUGGCCACCUUGAACCCUGCUCCUCACCUUCUUCACCCCACAGCAACUGAUCUGCUCGGAACCCCCCCGAGGCCCCCUCUGCUUGGUUACUUUACCACAGUGCCAAGCAUCCAGAUCACCCCCCAGGCCCAGCCCAGUGAUGCUGCAGGGAGGGAGCGCCUUCAAGCAGAGGAUCCGGGAUGCCAGCUGCAGCCUUUGGGCAGCAGACUAUUGGCCCUGCCUUCCUCCUCCAUGGAUGAGGACCUACCAGAUCUCUCCUCCCCCUCCUCCCGCCUUUCAUCUCCUGGGUUGGAACCCCCUGGCUGCCCGUCGCCCAUCUCCCCAUCUUCCUCACCCUCUACGCACCGAUACCUGUCCCCCUGUCGCAACCUGUCGCCCUCUGCCAGACACCUCUCCCCUCGGAGGGACAUCUCUCCUCUUCGCCACAUCUCCACAGCAGGGGGGUACCGGAGAGACCUCUCCCCAAGGAGGAGACAUGCGGUGGUGUCCCCCCUUUCGAGGCCCCUGUCCCCUCGAGGAAGAGACUACAAGCGCGACCUUUCACCUCAAGGUCAACACAAAAGAAUGAUACGGCAUGUCUCCCCAUGCAGAGGACCCCUCCAUCAAAGCCAGCAGGGGGUCGUCUGGGGGCCGAGGAGCACAGCUCGUCUUCAAGCAGAACUGCCAGUGGGAACACUCCAGACCUGCGCAGAGAUGGAAACUAAUCAUCCCUCUGGUUCCUUGUUACAUGGAGAACAGGAUCAUAGAUCCAACCAGAACAACCUAUCCAGCGCCCCCCUUCAGGUCCUGUUCAGUCACCUUCCCCUUCAUUCUCAAUUCCCGAUGCCCUCGUCUUUGCCAUUGAUCCCCAUCGGGGGAAUCCACAUGGUCAAUUUUGCCCCCACACCCAUAGGUUCUUGCCUAGACCAGCAGGGGGGGGCAUCUGCCGUGUCCCACUUGACUUUGCAGAAGAGCACUUCAGAGGACUCCAACUGUGGGGAGGCCAACUUUCCACAUUUCAGCUCCAUAAGCAAGAGGAGGGGUCCAGCAGAAGGACAAGGGGCAAGGGAGGCAAGUUCACCUCAGCAGAGGGAGGGGGGUGGGGUCAGACUUGAACAGGAGGAGGGCAUCCAGACUUGCACCCAAGCCAUCGCCUCACUCUGCAUUGACUCAGGUGUAAGGCGGGCCAUGGGAAAUGAAGGAAAAGGUGGCAGUGCUUCCCCAUCCUUCUCUCCCUUCCCUCCCCCAUCACUGACUAUUGGCUGCAUUUCAUCGCUGAUACCCCAUCCCUCUCAAUCUCCCCAAAACCCUGGGAAUCAGCACUUGAGCAGCCAGGAGCUCCGACCUAUUCCUCCCAUAGCCCCCCCCUCUGCCCAUGUCCCCCACAGCCCUGGAUCUGACCCCCAACUGUCUCCAUCAGCAUCCAAACCUGCCAACCCGGAGAGUGACUAGGAAAGGAAGCAAGAAGAGGCAAAAGAAGAACACAAAAGUUUUCCAGUUCGGAUAAUUCUAAUGUAGGAAUCAAGAUUUUGCACAAUCUGCGCACUUGUCUUCUAACUGCGCACAUGUCCUCUGACUGCGCAUAUGUCCUCUGACUGCGCACUUGUCUUCUAACUGCGCACAUGUCCUCUGACUGCGCACAUGUCCCCUGACUGCACACAUGUCCUCUGACUGCGCACACGUUCCCUGACCCUCUGAUUGCGCAUUUCAGGUACAUGAAGAAAGUGUGUGUGCACGUUUCUCCCCUUUUUCCCAGGCCCUGUCCAUCAAAGCUCACAGAGGGCAUCCGUGCAAAUGCGUGUGCACAUUUGAUUGAGCCUGGACCAAACUCCUAUCUUUAAAAGAAAACGGUACACCAACAACAGACUUGUACGUGCGUGCCUUUUUUGUCCUAGUUGUAGAAUGAAACCAAGGUGGGCGUGAACAGAACACCGUCACAUUUUUGUGAAUCAGCUUUUAGGAAAUGUCCUCCCAUUGUUUUUCUGGACACCUUAAAUUGAUGUGAAGAUAUAGAUAUUACAUAUGGUUGCACUAAAACGUAUUUUUAUAUAAGUGAAAUUGAAAGGAUGGCUUUUUGUGUACAGCAGCAAUUCUAUAAUACUAUUUAUUAUUGUUUCAUAAAAUGUACAUUUUUUUUCUUAAACGUGGUGGAUGCCUUUUCUAUGUAAAGCAUGGAUUUUUGCUAAUGCUUACUUUAGAGCCAGAAUAUGUACACUGUAAAUUGGCUUUAUAUGUCAAACCUAUUUAUAUGCUCUUUGCUUAAAAGUAUACGCACAUAGAUUUAUGAGAACAUUUAGCCAGUAUAUGAGUAAUACAGUUAAAGAGUCUGCUUGUUGGCAUCAAUCUGCACUUAAAGUAGGAAACAGGAAUGUGGGGGCCAUUGUUUGUACAUUUUCGCUGCUGCUCGUGUUUUUAAUCUUCUUUCAUGGUAUCAUUUUACAUUUCUGAGUUAUACAGGCUCAGAUUGAUUACUGGCAUUAAGUGAAUGAACCCGCGCCUCGGCCUUCUGCCGAAGUGUUGUGCUGUUUCAAACCUACAUUUACCUUUCAUAUAACUGGGAGAACUUUGAUGUUGUUGAAUGAUAAAUGCAGAAAGCAUUCCAUGUAAAUACAGAUUCAUCUCCUUCAAACCCAACCCUCUCUUGUACAUCGAGGCCAAGGCAAUCAACCCGCAUAUUUAUAUUUUUCUGGAUUCAGAGUAAGUUUCUGACCAAGCACCUUAUGCAUCCUCAGAUUUUACAAAGAUGUCUGGAAAGUUGGAAUGCUUCACAGCUGUGACACUGAUGCUCUUCGCGUUGUUUUCUGCAGCCACGUCCCCCCACUCUGUUGACAAGGCUUAUUUGGAGCUAAGCAAUAUUUAGCCUAAAAUCUGCUCACCAGCAGUGAGUGUGUGUGUUGCAGGGCACCAGGGUGCCGUUCAAAAGAGCAGAAUAGAGCAGCAGCUGCCAUGAAGGUUUCUGCCUGAAAUGUCUUUGUACUCUGUAUCAAUGUUUCCUUAACCAUUGUAUCUUCUUCUUACAACAUUUUCUAUUGCAAUGCUCCCUCUGUUCUGUAAACUUUUUUGAUGAAAAUGUCUAAAGGUUCUUAUUGAAGCACAAGUCAUGAUGUAGAAGUGACUCAAAUACAAAAAGGAGAAAAUAAGGUAAAAUUGCAUAUAAAAGGGUAACUUUUGUGAUGGUGUUCUGUGGAACUAAUACAUUAUUAUGUAUCACCUAAGUUGCAGCAAAGGUUGCAGAAGUGGAAGAAAUGAGUUGUUGUUUCCAAAUAAAUAUUUAAAAAAACAGA